UACGAAUUAAAAAACAAAAAUAUAUAUAUUUUAAAUUUCUAAAAAUUAAUACUAUUUUUUUUAAAGAUAAUAUAUUUAAUUAUAAAAUUAAAAUUAACAAUUUAAAAAAAGAAGUUUCUACGACUAAAUUAGCCCUGAAUAUGUCACAACUUGUGUAUCAAAACAAGAGGACAUCGUGGAAUUAUUCAUAGAAACAAGGUAUGAUAUGAUGCUUGAAAUAGAGAUGUGCCCGACAUUUUAAAAUGUCUUUAAUAAAAAUUUAUAAGAUAUAAUACAAAAUUAGAUAUAAUAUAAUAUAAAAUUAAAUUAGAAUGGUGUUGAAUUCAUACUCCAUAGGGUGAUUAAAAAAGAUUCAGCCCCUUGGGCUGGUCUGGUCUGGUCUGGUAGUCCCACGGCACGUAUUCACAUUCGAUAUUCACAGAGGAUGGUUCAUGUUCGUUGAAUGUAGGAAGGUAAGCAUGGAACAAAGGGCCCGACUCUGAAGUAGGUACUGGUUGGAAGAUCGAAAGCUAAUUAAAGAAGUUGGGAUUGGCAGGUCAGCUUGAUGAUGCAGAUGGUUUGACAAUUUGGAGCAAUUUCUCUCUUUAUUUUAGCCGAUUCUGACUUCUUCUCCCUUGUUACGGUUGAAGGGUCGUUGUCGUGCCACUCACCCCUCUCUCUCUCUCUCCCCUCGUCCCCUUUCGCAGUGUCCACCAUCCUGAUAUCCAAGUUCCGUGUUACGUUUGGUAGAAAGGAAAGUAAAGGCAACCAAAGAGAAAACAAACGAGAAGAAUUUGACUCAUCGUUUUCCAAGGGCCAAAUGCUGAGGUUUGUUGGAAGAUAAAAGGAAGACCCACGGCGGGGUGUGCUGCAGAUUGAUUCAGAAUCUCACGUACAGAUAAGAUAUAUAUAUAUAUAUAGGGAGAAAGAGGGAGAGAGACAGGGAUAGAGAGAGAGAGAGAGUUGACAAUGGAGGCAAAACGGCGAGCCGUGAAGAACCUGGUGGCGAAGCUGGGCUCAGUUUCCGAACAAUGUCGAACGGAAGCCUUAUGCGAGCUCCGCCUCAUCUCCAAGCACGAUCCAGAUAGCCGAUCCGUAAUUUCCGACGCCGGCGCCAUCCCUUACCUCGCCGAGACGCUAUACUCGCCGGCGCAGGUCUCCCAAGAGAACGCCGCGGCGACGCUCCUCAACCUCUCCAUCUCCAGCCGCGAGCCUCUUAUCUCCACUCGCGGUCUCCUCGACGCGCUGUCCCACGCCCUCCGCCACGCCACCACACCCUCCGCCGCGCAGUCCGCCGCCGCCACACUCCACAGCAUCCUCAUCGUCGACGAGAAUUACCGAUCCAUCAUCGGUUCCAAGCGGGAUAUCGUCUACGCCCUAAUUGACAUUAUUCGGAACCCUAAUUCGCCGCCGAGGUCUAUCAAGGACGGCAUCAAAGCCCUGUUUGGAAUCUCCCUCUACCCGCUCAACCGCGCCACCGUGAUCGAAUUGGGCGCCGUUCCGGCGCUGUUCUCGUUGGUGCUCAAGGACGGCCGAGUCGGCCUGGUGGAGGAUGCUACUGCCGUUAUUGCUCAAAUCGCCGGCUGCGAAGAGGCCUACCAAGCUUUUGGUAGGGUUUCGGGAAUUGGGGUUUUGGUUGAUCUGUUGGAUCCCUCCACGGGUUCUAGCAGUCGGACAAAGGAGAAUUCCAUUUCAGCGUUGUUGAAUUUGGUGCAAUGUGGAGGGGAACAGGUUGCCAACACCGUUCGAGAAACCGGCGUUGGCCUCUAUGCCGGAAUUGCAGAAAUUGCCGACAAUGGAAGCUCUAAAGGGAAGGCCAAAGCCACGGCUCUGUUCAAGCUUAUUGAUACGGGGAGCCCUGCCCUGCUACAAGACCCACGGUUUGCCUCUUUGUUAAGCUUCUCUUCGUAGAUGUGUGAGGUUGUACUCUAUACCCUGUGAUUUCAACUAGCUUUGUAAACUAGUUCCUUGAUUUGAUUUUUUACAUUCUGUGCUAAGAUGAUGUUUGCACAUAAUCUGGCACUGGUUCUAUUGGUUUCCACACAAUUUUAGUGACCGCUGAUCAUAAUGUAUGAAACAUCAAAAUAUUCUGUACUUGAGGUGGCUGUAUUUUGAACAAGCAGUGAUACUUGUGCAUAUAUUAGAAAACUUAACUGAAGAUUCAUCAGUAUAAUGGUUUACGUUUUCUCUUGUUCAACUUCUGCUAAGUUACUUGAAAAAUAAGUACGGAGUUCUUUUUUGGACAUGUUCUACCAAAUAGAGGGCAUCCCACCAGAAGCAAGCUGAUCCUUUUUCUGCUCUAAUCGGCUUUAUAUUUGUUUGACAGCGCACUUGUAUUUCUCUAACUCUUUUAUUCAUAAUAUCAUGCUAUACCUAACAAGUCCUUUUUCCUUUUUAAGUAUUCGGAGGGCUUGAAUCUUAAGGUAACUGUAUACCCAUUGAUUCUGAGAUACUAUAUGCUAAUUUGAGGAUGAACAUACUUCAGGCUAUCUAUGUUGUUUGAGUCACUCGUAACAUCGGGUUGUGAAAAAUCGAAGAAGAUUACAUACGAAAUCUCAAAGAAGGAUUCCGGUUACCCACCAUGCAGCCCUUGGUUCUAUAAGAAAAGGAGCUUCUGAUGCAACUCUGAAUCACUAACACAAUGUAUUGAUACACUGCCACGUGACUAAGAAGGCAAAAUUUCACUGGGCUGUUUGUUUUUUACUUGCAGUGCUCAAAAAGACCUAUUAUUGGAUUUUAAAAAUUAUGUGGCCAUGAUCUUUUUAACGUAUAAUUUGUCAAGGUUUAACUUUUUUCUCUAAUCUACUUCAAAUAGCAUUA